AUGACCUCCGCCCGCGUCCCACCCGGGGAAGCCGAGGCCAGGGUUCCCCAGAACGCGCCCUUCCUGAGCCCGGAACCCCCGCCGCCUCCCCUGCCCCUCGGGACCCCCGGAACACCCCCACGACCCCCACCUGGAAAGAGCGCGUCCGGGCCCGCCGGGAGCCCGCCUCGCCAGCCCCUGCGCCUGCGCCCUCGGCAGCGCCUGCGCAGUGGGGCGGAGAUGCCGUCGCCCGGAGUGUCCGCCAGGAAGGAAGAUGGCAACAGGGUCACGUGGCGGUCCCCGCGGGGCUGGGCGCAGAGGCGGAGCCACGUGGGUGCCGGAGUCGCGGAUCGCCGGGUGCCUCCCCCGCUGGUUGCCUUUCCCCUCCCCGGUCCCCUGCAUACCCAGCCCGCCUCUCCCUCCCGGGACCCUGCGCCCUCCUCUCGGGACUCCCCCAGCCCUGUGGGCCACCGGGCGGCUAAGAGAAAAGUUGAAAGACACUUAUGGCGAACACCCACGUACCCACUGCUCAGAUUCCACAGUGAAAUCGCCACGCAUGUCUUUCCAGGCUGUGUCUGCGGGGACACAACGACUUUCCACGGACACGAAGGUGAGCUGCACACGGGGUGCACCUGCGCGCCGCCCUGGCACCGCACGCGCACCCCUGACCCGGCUGCAAGCUGUGGCCCCUGCCCAGGCCGUGUGGAGGAGGCCGUGAGGGCAGGAGAGAAGCAGGGACGGGACCGCAAGCCAGCCUCCUGCCCGGGUGUGCUCCAGAGCAGCGGGCCUUUCGGGGCUAACCUGCAUGAGGGAUGCCAUCGGCUGCGCUUUACUGGCAGUUUCGUUGGGCUCUGCUGCAGAAACCCCAGAACCACAAAGAAAUGCGCUCUGUUCAACAUGGUGUACUUCCACUUUCCUCUAAGCAAGGACUCAUCUCCAACAUUCACAACAUUCAACAUGUUAACUCCCCAUGAUUAUCCGUUACCAUCGAAGAUAAGCACUGAAUCUUCCGUUUCCAUCCUCCCCUGCCCUGCCCCUGGUAAGUGGAGCAUCACUAAGUGCUAA